UAGUAGAGCAACUAUGAUCAUUGAGCUGCUUGCCCUUCUCCUGACCUUGGUUGGUAUCACUUACGGGAUCUUCAAAUAUAGGAUCACUUAUUGGAGUCGUCAUGGAGUCCCAAGUGAACCCAAUGCGACUUUCCCACUGGGAAAUGAUCCCACUUUUCAUCCAGACGUUAUCGGUUCCAAAAGGAAUCCAGCUUAUGUAAUUGACGAAGUGUAUCAAAACCACAAGGAGAAGCCUUUUGUUGGAAUCUAUGGACCCUUGGGUCAACAAUCGAUCAUCAUCAAUGAUCUGGAGUUGAUCAAGCAUGUCCUUAUCAAGGAUUUUGAGGUAUUCGUUGAUCGCUUCGGACAAUUCAAUGUCUUUGGUGGAGAUUCAGAAGUGUUUACUGAUCGUCUUUGGCGCCAACAACUCCUCAUUUUAAAAGGAGAAUUAUGGAAGGAUGUUCGAUCAGUGUUCUCGCCCGUUUUCACCUCCGGGAAAAUGAAACUCAUGAUGCACUUCAUGAAAGCAAUCAGCUUGAACUUACAAGAGGAAAUGAGGCAAUGUGCGCAGGAUUCCAAACCCAUUGAUCUCAAAGAUCUUUUUGGCAAAUACAGCAUGGAUACCAUUGCCACUUGUGGCUUUGGAGUGGACGCCGGAUCGUUUGGAUCCAGUCAAGAAACAACAUUAGUCAAACAUGCCAAAAAUGUAUUUGGUCGUAAUCGGUGGGAUAACUUUAUGCUUAUGUGCUCUCUGAUCCCGGGAUUGAACGCCUUCUGCAAAAUGCUCAAGCUCCCUUUCUUCAAACCCGUUGAAACACAGUUCUUUUACGACAUCAUCAUGCAAACCAUCCAAAAUCGGGUCAAGACCAAGGAGAGGAAAAACGAUUUGGUCGACCUCAUGAUUGACGCCAUUCACUUUGAAAAGACUCUCAAGGCAAAAGGCGAAAUCGAUGUUGAGGACAAUGUCAUCCAAAGCUCCACAUUGGUCCACAAAAUCAAAAAAACCGACUUUGACGAGACCUUGGUGGUUUCUAACGCUUUACUGAUCCUUAUUGCUGGAUAUGACACCACUGCCAUGACAAUGACAUAUUGCGCUUAUGAAUUGGCCAAGAGUCAGAUUGCUCAGGAGAAACUGAUUCAAGAGAUCGAUGAAGUCAUGGCCAACCUGUCCGAGGAUCAGGAUUUCCCGGAUUACAACACGAUUCAAACCAUGCCCUACUUAGACUCAGUUCUCCACGAGACGUUGCGGCUUCACUGUCCUAUCCCAUUGAUUAGUCGGAACAAUUCCCGUGAUUACAAAAUCCCUGGACAUGAUGUGAUGAUUCCCAAGGGAACCGAUGUUUAUAUGAUGGCCUAUAGUAUCAUGCGAGACGAUAGAUACUUUGAUCAACCCAACGAGUUCAAUCCUGACAAUUUCUCCAAAGCGGCAAAGGAGAAGAGAAGUCCAUAUGCGUACCUGCCCUUUGGACAAGGCCCAAGGGCUUGUAUUGGAAUGAGAUUCGCACUCUUGGAAGCCAAGGUUGGCUUGGUUUCCGUGCUCACAAAGUAUCGGAUCAAAACUUGUGAGGAGACUCCUCAACAAGCUAUCAGAAAUAACUAUACUUUCUUGGGCAAUCCGCGUGAUAAACUUUGGGUUGCUGUUGAGGCACGGUAACAUGUUCAAAGUUGCUCUAUACUAGAUAUGAAUCAAAACGUUGUUAUACUUUAAAAUACACGCAUGAAAUAAAAAAAAAUUGAACUGAAUAAGC